UUUGUUGCAAGUUGCGAUGUGAAGUGUUGUGAUAUUUGCAUACACAGCAUGCAAUUUGCAGAUCUUGGAGGGACAAAAUAUUUAAAGUUACGAUUAGCCGAAGAAGUUGUGCAAGCAAAAAUUUAUAAAUCAUUAAGUUUUUAUUCUGCCACCUUGAUUUCCGUGGGUAAUAGUUCGGUCAUGGUUUUCAUGGCGACGAAAUGGAUUUAGUGCUUGUUAAAAGUGGGUGAUAUUGAUAUCAAGAACAGUGUAGAUUUCAAUAUGCGGCCAGAAUUUUACUAAAAAGCGAUCACUUUUCUGCUCACACUUCACUUACGUUACCCGCUGUAAAGUCAUGAAUAAAUAUUAAUUAUGACAAGACGUCUCACCAAAUUGUCUUAAAAUCUGGAAAAUAAUGUUAAAACUUGGAAAAUUUGUAGUAAUACUUUUGCUCAACUGUUUCGGGGAGACCAAUUGUCAAACCAUUAUCCGAAACUGCAACGAUCCAAAUGUGGGGGCGUUGCAUAUUGCCAAUUUCGGGCACACGUUCUGCUACCACUCGUGUGGUUAUGACCUCGGCGCUCAACCCCCAGUUGGUCUCGACACCUGUACAGCGAGUGGAAUUUGUGUUUGCAACUAUGCCUGCAAUACUGCGCCACCAACCAACCAAUUUGGCGAUCAGUGUCCCGUCCGACCUGCCGAUCCUCCCACUCCUGCCGCUGAAAUGCAACAAUGCAACGGAUUUUGCAGCGAUUUCUGUCCCGAUGGAACAGGAAUGGUUUGCGGAGAAGUGUACGAUGGACCCAUAUUCGGAACGGCGGACUCAUUCGCGAAAAUUUGCACGUGCUACUGUCCACCUCAACAAUGCACGACGACAACCACGACGACCACGACAACAACUACGACGACAACGACAACAACGACCACUCCUGCCCCCGUGGUAACCACGACAGCCGUGGCCGUCGUGAAAGUUAAAGUGAAGAAGGUCCCGUUCUUUAAAACGAUUAAAAUUUGUGUAAUUAUUUUCAAAUUCUUGGCAAAUUAUUGGCUCACUGUUAUCCUAUUUUGUGGUUAUUACAACUGUUUCCCCCCUUGGCUGCGACCAGUUGGGUGGGGGUGGUUGGGCAAAAGGUAAACAGCGGCAAGAAAAUUGACGAAUAUGAAAACAAACGACAACUAACAAUAAGUUUAAUUUAAUAUUCCCUGUAAAAAUAUAUGUACAAAUAAUUAUUACAUAUACAUAUUCCUUUAGAGUCGGAAUUCAACUCGAAUCAAGAAAAAUAAAAUUUAUUAAAUGAUAA